AUGCCCAGGCUCUCCACUGCCAGCGGGAACCAGAGUGGCCUACCUACGAGCGCGCCCGGCCUGGGCCAGUACGCGGCCAGCUGCUGCGUGAUGCGCGCCUCCUUUGCCAUUUACAGUACAGUGCCCGGUAUGACGUACGAAAGGUUAGAGGACAUUGCACUGUACCUCUCUGGUGAGCAGGCAAGGUUGGUGCCUCUGGAGCUGCACAAAGGCGAGCUCAUUGACCUGAUGGAUCCUGGCGAGCCGCUUCCUGAGGAAGUUGACGAGGACCUGCUGGGUUUGAGACCAUGUCCGUUCCGAGUGAGGGAGGACGGAGAGGAGGGCGAUGAAGCCUGUCCGUGGACCGGAUUGCUGGAUGGGUUUUGCACGGCAGGAGGAAAGACCAUCCAAGGUGCCGUGCCUCAGCCGCGGCCAAAGAACUCUGACAAGGAAGUGAAAAAGUUGGUCUCAGCAGACGAGAACAAAUCGGCAGCGGUCGAUCCAAAACCGUCGAGACCCCGUGUGACGUUGAGCACUGAGCAGAUCGCCAACAUGCACUGCCCGAUCAAGAGGGCAAAAUUGACAGAGUCAAUGGCAACUUUGGGAUGGGUAUACCUCGACGAUAUCCCGUGUCCUGAAGAGCGGGCCAGGCAAGAAGCAGCCCUGCUGGCGGGCUCUGCCACUGAAGUAGCUUCUCAGCCAGAAGCUCAGUCAAAUACAACAUCUCCACCUCAAGAGGCUCUAGCUAAGCCACCUGUAAAAGUCACGCUGACUCCGGAACAGAUUGCCAAGAUGCAUUGUCCCAUCAAGCGGGCAAAACUGACAGCUUCAAUGGAGACGGUCGGUUAUGUCUUCCUGGAUGACAUCCCCUGCCCGGAGGAAAGGGCCAGACAAGAAGCUGCCAUCAAGCUGGGUGCUAGUGCUGCUGUACUGUCGGACACAUACAACAUAAGCACUCCAGAUGAGGCAGUCAAGAAAGAACAAAACCCCCCUUUGUCACGUUUUUUUCCUGAGCCAGCUAGAAAGAGAAGCUCUUAUCGUCGGGCUUCAGUCCUGACUCGAAUUGAUGAUGCAGUUGGGAUGGACGGUGCCAACGACGUGGGGCGGACCACCGAGAAACAUAAAGAGUUCCGCCAUCUCAAGUAUGACACCAGUUUUGAGUCUGACAAGCCGAUUCGGAGCUCAAAACAAUCAACAUGUACACCGCCGCGGGCAAGAAGCUCAAAAACUCCGACCUCAUCAUCCAACACACGGAAGUCCUCACCGAAGCAGACAAGACGAUCCAAACGAGACUCACAGUCUCUCCCCUCGCGCGGUGAAAGGCCUUCCUCCACCUCUCAGAAACAAGUAUCAAAACUUGACGAGAUACAUCAGACCUCUCGGCGUAACUCAGUAGUCUCGUCGGCACGAACUGCUUCAUCACGCUCCCCAAAUGCCUCGCGAAGAUCUACGGUAGAAAUGGUCCGAAUUCCCAGGCCUGCAGAGGACGAAAGCUUUUGGCGGCCGCCAUUGCUGGUUCGACCCGCAACCCUUACGCCGCUGAUGGGGCCGGUAGGGCUCCGGAUGGUGCUCAUCACUCACAUUGCGAGUGACAAAGACCCGCAAAAAUGUAAAUUCGGGGGGCCGGACAACCUGUCGAUUGUACCAUGGGCGUUCUUGGUUGUGGUUGAGGAUGAUUUUGACUUGACCCAAGAAGACCAAUACCCUGGACCCAAAACCCAGUCGCGGCCGCACUCUCUCUUGGUGGUCUACGGCGACGUUACAGAAGUGGUUGAGGGGCGUUCGAAUCGUGUGCCGGUUGACAGCUUCUUCUUUGAUCCGAAAUUUGCGCAGAUGAUGCUCUCGGCCGUGUUGCUAGGCCAGCGGACACUGGGGGCGGCAAAGCAGUACUACAAUGUUGACGGGCCUGGAUAUAACGAGGAAGUCUGCUACGACUUGGAGACUUGGAGUUCUUGA